AUGAAUGAUGUACAUAAUUUACUAUGAAAAAUGCUUGUAUUUAAGUAUAUAAUUAAUAUAAAAUGAUAUUUAUGUAAUGAUUAUAUGAUGUAGAGAGCAUAGGUAUAUUGAUGUGUGUCUGUGGCUACAGUCAAAUCAAAUUUGAUGUUAAAGAAUUGAAGUUUUGUCAACGAAAUCUGAAUUAAAUUUUCCCCUCACUUGAUUUGUUUCGAACGGCGAAUAGUUUCCUACUAGAUCUUGUAGAUUCUCGUGGAUUUUAAUUGCGUGUCGUGUAAAAUAUUGAUUCGAACAUGGAUACGUAUGUUUGUUCGAUAACGAUAAGAGCGAUGGAUGUUUGGAUGGGGAAGGGCGACGGAAUCGUCGUCGCGUUAUCCCAGAAAUAUCAUCGCCCGUGAUGUUUUUGAAGUCAAGUCAAACAAUUGUUUAAUAAUUUAGUCAAACAAAAAAUAAACAUAAAUAACAGCAACAACAAACUUAGUAAGAAAGCAGCAGUAAAUGAGCAAUCAAAAACGCUAUCGUCUUUAUCUCCAGAUGGAUCAUAUGCGAAUGCAUCAAAAGAAACGCACGGCCAACUUCCGCGAAGACGAGACAAAAUUAUUGAUUCAGCUUUGGGGUAGUCCUAACAUACAAAACAAAUUGUUCCUAACGCAUAGGAAGGCGCCCGUGAUGCGCCUCUUGGCGGCACACAUGCAGCAGCGUGGCUUUUACCGAACACCGGACGAAAUCAAAACCAGAAUCCGAAACCUAAAAUGUCUUUACCAUCGCAUCAAAAGAACGAUGGCGUGCGGCCAAGGUAUAGGCACUGUAGAUCCCGAUUGGCCGCAUUUUAAAGCUAUGGAUGACAUUCUUAGCAAAGAAUCGCCCAGGAAAGACGUCGAGAAAAUCAUGGAAGAAGCGCUCGAUGGACCCAAGAUCGAGGACGUCGUUAUUAAGCAAGAAGUCGAGGACAUCGAUAUUGAUGAUAACGACUCCUGGGUCACCAACGAAAGCGUCAAUAAAUAUGAAAAUGAUUGCAGUUCGGACUACGAGGACGAUAACCCUCCGCCUCCACUGAAACCUGCCCCAAUCGUGCAACAUGUUCAAGGGAAAGCGUCCAUCUCGCAACCGAAACUCACUCCAAUAUGUCCAGCAACUUCGACGUCCUCCGGCCAGAAGCUUCCGACAAUUCUACCUGCGUUCUCUCUGCCCAACACUCAAAUGGCGCCCCAGAAUACGGCGAACAAAUCACUUCCGUUCCCGCUGCUCAUACUCAACAAUUUGCAACCGCAGCAUCAACAGCAGCAGAUGAACAAGACCGCCAGCAGUCAAGUGCUGCAUACACAAAAUGGUAACGUCACCAAUACUAAAGUUACCCAUUCUAAAGAUGAAGAUUUUUCAGACACCAUCAAAGAGCUGCUGAAGGUGCAGAAAGAAAGUCUAGUCAUUCAAAAGGAGAAGCUGGAACUGGAGAAGCAACGGCUCGAGUUCAAUCGGUUGAUAGGCACGCAGAUGAUGACGUUACUACCUAUGUUGGGCGGUAUACUUCAGAGGGUCUCGUACACGGAUACAGAGGAGCUUCUGGAUAUUAAGGUGGAGCCAGGAGAGGAGGGAUGCGAAGUGGGUGUUAAAAGAAAACGCGAAAAUAACGAAGACAUUUUAAAAGAUUGCAAGAUAUUAAGGAACAUGUUGGAGCAGGGUAUCAAAAAGUACAUGAUGAUUGGUGAGGACAAUAACACCAAGGAUAGCAGCGAGAACGAAGACAACUGCAUACCGAAUGACGAACAAAGUAAUUUCAGUGAUAAAUCAGGUGAUAAAUGAGUUGAAAACGGAGCGCGAAUUUAUAUGAAAGUCAUUAGAUUUAAAUGGAUAUUUUUAAUUAUUGUUUUCUUCUUAGU